AUGAAGGCAGACUCCCAAGAUAAAAGCUAAAUCUCAAGGCCGUCAAAGACGAUUGGCCUCCUUGUUAUUAAUGAAUGAUGGACAAAUGCUAGGAAUCGGACAUGAAGACCUGUUUAUGAAAUUCCCACCCGGGAAGCCUUUCAUUGCACCCUGGAGUAUCUCUCAAUGGCAUCCGAACAACAUGGAGAUCAAGAUAAUCCCAGUCCUACUUAUAAUUUUCGAUUACUUUGACAUGGAAGAUCUCGACAAGCUGUCACAUGUCUGUAAGCUAUUUUGCAACGUGGCUACCAUGGACUGCCUUUAUCAGAAAUUCGAGGUGAUGGUAGACACAGGUUCGGACAUUUCCUCUUCGAGUUCGUCGAAUAAUGACAUCACCUACCAUUUUAUCGAUGAAGAAAAAGUUCAAUUCAAGAAUGGCAAAAUCCGGAGUGAACGCAAGACCAGUAUCAAAAUAAUAGAAGAGCUUGACACCCUAAACCCAGCCAUUAACACCAGACAACCUGCCAAACCAAGAGUUAGUGUCAUUAAAGGAGCUGUAUUCCAAGGAAUUCCAGAGGAAGAAAGCGAAUGGGGCGAUAUCCAAUCUGAAGCAGAGGAAGAACAUGCAAAAAGUAAAAAUAUCCAAGACAUACUGAACGAGUUUCGAGAGGGAGCUGAAAUUAGAACUAUUGAGAAGCGACAAAACAAUCGUCCGAGCGAAUUUGCCCGGCUUGAUAGUAUGAAUUCUAAGAAAAUUUUUAAACAAUGAAGUGAUAGGCUUAACCAUACACAUGUUUUCUCCGAAGCAAUGGGGGAUGCAUACACUGACUCUCAACAUAUCAACGAUGUAAUGAUGACAAUCGGUUCAAGAGAACUAGCUUGCUCUCCCUACAACAUUGAUAAAGUUCGGAUGAAGCAAAAUCAUAAAGAAGGAAGUAUUUAUCAGUUCCAAAAGAAGGAGUCCAGUAUUUCGACAACUACUGAUAAUUAUAUGCACAAGACUGAUAGGGAAGGCUCUAUUUUGAGUCUAAGACGUCCUUCAAGUUAUGCUUCUAGUAAUAAAAUGCCAAAGGUUGCGAGGAAGCGUAACACUUUCAUCAUCAGGCCAGACCUACUCAAUAAAAUUUCCAAACUAGCUCCAAAGAAAAGUGUCAACUCUUUCAGGAAGGAAUCUACUUUGCAAAGUAUUCAAGAGCAUCCUAGCGAGGAUAAAAUUGGUGAUUUCAGUGGAGCUUCACAGAAUUUGAAACCCAAGAAUUUUUUGAAACAGAAGCGAUAUUCCGUAUAUCCGAUGGACCGCAACAAGUUAGGCCAGUUUAAUCACCUAAACCUACUUCAGAUGAUCCAAAAUCCUCGGAGAUAAAUAAUAAUUUUUAG